AUGACUCUUCAACCUACAAGCGUCCCAACUCUCAGCACCCCAGUAUCAUAUGGAGACCUGAACAACACCAAUGGCACUCAUUGUCCAGACCUGGAAGCCUGGGACUGGCUCAAUGCCAGCCAGCCAGUGUAUAUUCUGAUCAUCAGUGUUUUGGGGAUCGUGUUCAACGUGUUUGUCCUGACGAUUUUCUGCCUCCACAAGAAGCCCUGCACCGUGGCUGAGAUCUACUUGAGCAACCUGGCUGCUGCCGACCUUCUCCUGGUGUCCUGUUUGCCCUUCUGGGCUGUCAACAUCGCCUACGAUUUCAAUUGGCCUUUUGGUCGAUUCAUGUGCAAAAUCAUCAAUGUGGGCAUUAAGAUGAAUGUCAGCUGCAGCAUUUACUUCCUCGUUCUGGUCGGCAUAGAUCGCUAUGUGGCGCUGGUGCACACGAUGUCACAUGGAAGAAUGCGUAGGCCAAAGUAUGCCAAACUAGGUUGCCUGCUGACAUGGGGUUUCGGUUUUCUCCUCAGUGUCCCCACGCUCACCUUCAGGGAAGUGAAAUAUGUCCCUGAGUAUAGUAUUGAGGCAUGCUUUCUGGAAUACCCAAGCCACACUGUAGAGCUGCUCUGUGAUGGGAUGUUGAUCAUUUUUAGCUUCAUCAUUCCCGUUUCAAUCAUCUCGUUCUGCACUUUCAAGAUUAUUCUGGCUUUGAAGGUCCAAACAAUAGGUAGGGUAAAUGCUGAGAAAACAGAGCAGAAGGCCACCACUCUGGUGCUGGCGGUCCUCUUGGCCUUCCUCAUCUGCUGGGUGCCGUUCCACAUAGUCACAGCAGUGGAUGUGCUGUUACGAGCCGACGUCCUGGGGGGAUGUCACCUCGAGGCUGUCAUAGACAUCUGCAACCAGAUCUUCAACUACUUAGCCUUAUUCAACAGCGUUCUCAACCCCAUCCUGUACGUCAUCGUCGGAAAGAACUUCCGGAAAAAAGUUCGAGAGGUCUUCCAGCAGUGGAGCGUUAAGAAAACAGUGACCUCUGAAUCCACACGAUCAAACCUGACCUCUACACUCAAGACUAUGCCAUAAAACACUUGUGUCAAAACACUUCUCAACUGAAAAACAAACUUCACAGAAAGAUUACUGUGGUUAACUGUCGUCUAAUAAUGUUUAAAUGAUAAGUUCAGGUUGAAAAAUACAAUGGAAGUAGGUGUGGAGUAAUGGGACCAAAUAAACCUUCUUCAAGA